GGGUGUUAAACGAUGAGUUUAGGGAGGGGUGUAGGCUAAGAUGCCUAGACUAGAGUCUAGCCAUAUAUAAUCCGGGAAAAAAGGAGAAUGGGCCCACUCAUUGACAGCGAUACUGCCCACCUUCUUCUCAUCACUAAUUUAUUCCUCUUCCACUUGAACACAUCCAAAUUACUUGUAUAUAAAAAAAAAAAAAAAACAAUUAAAAAAAUAUAAUAUAUGCUCUGUUUUUAGCCGUCAGCAAAGUCAAGCUACAAAAUUCCACUCAUUUCAGGAAGCUUAUUAGUGUGUGAUUGAUUGGAUAAGUUUUGAGAUACUACCUACAUUACACCCUCGGAGUUUAUAUUGAUGAUACAAUGCAGUUGUAUCAUCACCCCUUCUCUGUGGAUAGCCAAAAGGUGAGGCUUGCACUGGAAGAGAAUCAAAUUGAUUAUACAUCAUAUCAUAUCAAUCCUAUCACUGCCAAGAACAUGGAUGCAUCAUUCUUCCGGAUGAACCCAAGUGGGAAAUUGCCUGUGUUCCAGAAUGGUUCUCACAUUCUAUACAACACGAUUGAGAUAUUGCAGUACAUAGAAAGGAUAGCAGCUGUCUCUUCAGUCGGAGAUGGCAUUAAGCUCAGCAGCAGAGAAGUCCUUGAAUGGAUGCACAAAAUCCAGGAGUGGAAUCCCAAAUAUUUCACGCUCUCUCAUGUCCCUGAGAAACACCGUCUAUAUGUUUCUAAAUUCAUAAGGCGGGUGAUUAUUGCUAGGAUGUCAGAGUUUCCUGAUCUUGCAAGUGCCUAUCACCUUAGGCUCAGAAAUGAAUAUGAUACAGAAGAGAAGUUGAAAGAUCCAGAGGUAAUAAGGAGGAGUGAACAACAUUUGGUUAGGCUACUUGAUGAAAUAGAAACACAAUUGAGCAGUACUUCACACUUAGCCGGAGAAGAGUUCACCAUGGCAGAUGUCAUGCUUAUUCCAAUAUUAGCUCGUUUGGUGCUCCUAAGAUUAGAAAAUGAGUACAUUAAUACUAGGCCAAACAUUGCGGAGUACUGGAAGAUGGUGCAACAAAGGCCAAGCUACAAAAGGGUGAUCGGAAAGUAUUUUGAUGGUUGGAGGAGGAAAAAAUCAUUGACGAAAACCUGGUGCUAUAUUCAUAUGAGGAGCUUGUUGAAUAAAUAUUGAGUAUACAGAGGUUUGAAGAUAAUAAAAUUUCUGGAUUUUUAUUCUUUAAAUGUUAUAAAUUGAGUAGGGAGUCCUAUAUUUAUGUUGUACAGAAGACACUUCAGCCAUUUUUUCUUUUGAUUUUGUAAUCAUUUUGCAUUUUGUUCAAUUUUGAAGGUGUAACACGGAUAUGUAUGUAGAUUUUCGAGCUCAAAUUAAUUAAAAUUGUUUUGUAAGCCGAUUUGAAAUAAAACGUAAAUACCUUGUACUA